AUGAAAGAUGAGGUAGGUCCCAACUGGAUGAACGAGAUCCCAAACCAGACGCACGAGUUGUCCCAGUCUCCACGUUACAUAUUUGAACCAUCCCCCAAUGAAAGAUUCCGGAACAGUUGGGAAAAUCUGCUAAAGCUCGAGCAGAACAACAUAUGCAGCUUAUUCGAGUCACUAGAUACAGAAAAGUUUAGAGAAGAGACUUGGACAAAGAACAACUCGAAGAAGAAACAAAUCGGCUCAGGCAUUACGAGGAUUUUAGAAAAUGGACGAGUGUUUGAAAAGUGUGCCGUUAACUACUCAUGUGUGUAUGGAACCAUCGACAGAGAGACUGCCAAGCAGAUGUGCACCAACCAGUAUAAUAAGGAAUACAUCACUAGCAAAGAAAUUUGCAAUACGGAUGAGCUGAACCAAAUUAUCGUUCGUAUUAUAAACAACGGGGGGUUAAAACUAGAUCGAGAGAAAUACAAGUACUAUGCUUCUGGGCUGUCUAUCAUUGCUCAUCCCGUGAACCCCAACUCGCCCUCCAUCCACAUGAACUUUCGCUUUUUCCAGGUGUUCGUCAGAACUGGGCGUAAAAAGAAGAAAAACGCCCCAGCUGCGGGGGGUAGCACUACGGCCUACAGGAGCGUCGGCGGAAACGCCAACACAUACGCCGCUCCCAGUAAAGGGUGUCAAAAUGGACACCUCACCAACGCGAACGCAAGUGCUAGCGGUACCUCCACUAUGAAAAGUCUUAUAGAUAACAAUUACCGAAGCUUGAAACACUGGUUCGGGGGGGGAUGCGACUUGAGUCCCAGUUACAUCUUCCCAGAAUUAUUCAUCCAUUUCCAUCACUCAUUUAAGGUGGUCUGCGAUAAGUAUAAUCACCUCUUUUACAAGUACUUCAAAAAAUGGUGCGACAUGUAUUUUCGAAUAAGGCACAGAAAUAUAAGCAGAGGAAUUGGAGGGAUUUUUUUUGACAAUUUAUUGGACAACACCAUAAAGACAAAGGCAAAAGGGAAGGGGAAAAAUGCAAAAGCGAGGGAAUUGCAAAACGUCAGUCUCAACCUUAGCAACAGGAAUGGAAGUAGCGUGAACGCCAACUGUGGUAGUAGCCAUCCGAAUAAAAAAAUUGCAUCCGAUGGAAGGCAGUGCAAAUGUCACAGCUGCAACCCCAUCAUGGAUAGCAGCUACAGAAUGAUUUUCUUAUUCGUUCAAGAGUGCAUCAUUAACUUUCGCAAAUCGUACCUGUACAUCCUCGCGCAGACCAUUCAUUGCAAAUACGAUGACAGUAUGGUUAAUUGGCAACGUGUCUGUCGAGGCAGAUACGCAGAGUUUAAUUUAAUUUACGACCGAGGCACCAAGUUUGGACUCGAAUUAAAUACCUACAAAACGUAUAGGAGAAAAAAACAAGCAGAUAAAAUUGAAAAUUAUGCUUCCACUUUUUUGAAGGAUGAAGUUUUUUCUGACCAGAAUUCGGACUACCUCUCUGAUGAGCAUGAAAAGAUCGAUAACGUCUUUGCCUCCCUCCCCCUCAAGUGCGAAUUUUUUUACAAGUACAAAAUUGUCAAGUUCUCGCGCGAGUACGAGACGCUGCAGGUGUUGAAGCAUCCGAAGAAGUGGGUCGACUACUAG